UUUCUUGUUUGUGUUGUAAUUUGUCUGCUAUGUCACAUCGCUUCGUCGAAGUGUAGCCUAUUUUCGUGAAUUCAGAUCCAAUUUUUAAAGGAAGAUGUCCCAGCCAGAGAAUUUCAGCCAAUCAAGCAACACUUCCCAUGGAAACAAUGAAGCCCAGCAGGUUCUGGAUAUUUUCUGGGAAAGAGAGAUGGAAGAAAUUCGGAACUUGGGAAAUAAUGAUUUCAAAAACCAAGAAUUGCCAUUGGCACGCAUUAAGAAGAUAAUGAAAUUAGAUGAAGAUGUCAAGAUGAUUAGUGCAGAAGCUCCUGUUCUUUUUGCAAAGGCAGCAGAGAUUUUUAUCACCGAACUAUCCCUGAGAGCUUGGGUGCAUACCGAAGACAACAAACGACGUACUUUACAGAGAAAUGACAUCGCUAUGGCUAUUACCAAGUAUGACCAGUUUGAUUUCCUGAUCGACAUUGUUCCCCGUGAGGAGUUGAAGCCUUCAAAACGCCAAGAGGAGGGUGUUAGGACGGCUGCCAUGCACCCAGAUCAAGUGCAGUACUACUUCCAAUUGGCACAGCAGCAUCAAGCAGCACUACAGCAACAGCAGACAUCACCUGCUCAGCCUCAGCAGGGGCAGCAGUUACAGCAGGCUCAGCCACAACAGAUUCAGCUUGUACCUGCUAAUGCUACUGUCCAACAAGUUGCAUCAAAUACCCAGGCCAUUUCAGUCCAAACAGCAUCCCCCACUUUUUCUGUGCCACCUGUUCUUCAAGUGCAAGCGGUGUCAGCUGAGGCUACUCAACAACAGGCUCAGGCUGCUGCACAAGUGCAAGUGCAGCAAGUUCAAGUACAGAACGCCCAACAGCCGGCAUCCCAGCAAGUCCUACAGCUUCAACAGCCCAUGGCAGGACAAGUUAACCAAGCGGGAGGUGGCAUUCAAAUUGUACAACAAAUUAUCAACCAGAAUGGUGAAAUACAGCAGAUACCAUUCCAGCUGAACCAAAACCAACUGCAGUUGUUACGUAUGCAGAUGCAGGGUCAAAACACUAACCAGCCUAUCAUCAUCCAUGCAGCACCUGUUCAACAGGGACAGCCCACACAAGCACCUCAGGGAGCUGUCUUCCAACAAGCUAACCAACAUCUUACACAACAGCAGCAAACCCAGACUGUGUACCAGAUCCAACAGGUGGCACAAGCUCCUGGGGGCCAGGUGGCCACUACUGCCACCCCUGUCUUCCUGACACAGGCUCCAGGAGGAGGCACCGCGACUGUUCAAAUCCAAGCAGUAUCAGCCGAACAAACCACCACAGAUGAAGAUCAGCAGCAACAAACGUGAACAAAAGUUUUCUCCCUCUACAAUGUACAUACUUCUCAUUCAUCUGGGAGUGACCUCAUUUUAUUAAGUCAAUA